AUGACAGAAGUACGUGAAAUACCAUCCGGAACGUAUAAUCUAAAAUUUGGCGAAUCAUUCCAUGAACGAGGAGAAAAACCUAUCUAUCAUACACUUCAAUUUGAUUUCAAGCCAAAAUCAUUAGCCGGAGAAAAAGAAACAUUCAUAGUAUUUGGUGGAAAUGGUGAUGUACAGGUAGCAGUACCAGGUGAAGGUGAUGCUUUAACGGUAUUUAAAGGAGCACAAAAGCCAGUGAAAGGGGAGAAAGAAUGUUUGUUGUUUUUUGAUCACUUGACCGGUGAGAUGAGAAUUGAAAAGCUUUCAUCUAUAAUGUCUGUAAAGAAAACAAGGGGUAACGAAGAUAGUGCUUCGGUAAGAUUACGAUCCGAAAUUGAACGAUUACGGAAAGAAAGUGGCGAAAAGUCAGAUGAUGAAAUGGAUGAUACUAAGAGUUCAAGUGGUUCAUCCGCCGUAUCAUCUGAAUCGGGUGAUUCAGAUUCAGAAUGUGACGACGGAGAUAGGAAAUCAGCAUCUGUGGUAUCAAAAAGUAUGCGCAGUAGUGAUGAUUCUAGAAGUAGGAGUAGUGAUACUGGUGAUGAUGACGAUUUACAAGAAGCGUUGGAACAACAACUACGUUCACAAUCAAUGCCAGCAAUUGAAGAAACAAAACAAAAACAAAUCAAAUCUUAUCCUCCACCACCGUUUCCGGUUAAUAGUAAUACGAAGAAAUUAUUGCAUGAUGAUUUACAGCUAAGUGAAAGUUCGGAUGAAGAUUAA